UUGUGGAGUUCAGCUAUGUCUUUUCUCAGGACUGUUUUAAAUGACUCUGUCAUCAUUCAUCCUCCAGGCUUCUAUAUCAUCGGAUUUCAGACAUUUCCCUUCAUCAGUGUCUAUUUCAUCUUUCUGGCAUUUGUCUAUGUGGUUACAGUGCUGUUCAACUGUUUGGUGAUCUGUGUAAUUGUCUUUAAUUAUUGUUUACACACUCCAAAGUUUCUGGCUGUUGUCAAUCUUGCAGUAAUUGAUAUAGUCCUUAACACAUGCCUUAUUCCCAGCAUGAUAAAAAUAUUCCUUGUUAAGGAUAAUUUCAUUCCAUUCAACCUCUGUUUGGUACAAAUGUUUGUCUACUAUGCUGUUGUAUCUCUGGAGUCAUACGCACUUGCUAUACUUGCCUAUGACAGGUUGAUUGCAAUAUGUUUCCCUCUACGUCACAACUCCAUCAACACACUGCGGAGCAUGUCUUGUAUUGUUGGUGUUACUUGGUCUUUUGUUCUGGCAGUUACAGUGUUUGCAAUAGGUAUAAUGACUCGACUGUCUUUUUGCAGUUCAGUCCAAGUGUUCAGCUAUUUCUGUGACUAUGCACCUGUGUUUAGACUAGCCUGUAAUGAUUACUCAAUGCAGUGGUCUGUGGCCUCUUUUUUCUCCAUUUUAAUCCUUGUAGGACCCUUUACUUUUAUUCUUCUGUCAUAUAUGAGCAUCCUGGUGACUGUAUUCAGGAUGAAAUCUUUAGACAGUUGUGUGAAAGCUUUGGCUACUUGUGUUGAGCAUAUCAUCCUUGUUGCUGUAUUUUACAUUCCUCUCAUUACCAUUUUUACUAUAGGGUUUUAUCUGCGAGCAAUUGACCCAGACCAGCGUGUGCUGAGCCUGUCGCUGGCCUCUUGCAUCCCACCCUGCGUCAAUCCUAUUGUAUAUUCUUUGAAAACUAAAGAGAUCAAAAUCAGAGUCCUGGCGCUGGUGAGAAAAAAUACACUUGGCAAACAACAAACAAACCAACACAAUUAG